UUCUACAAAACGAACUGUUCGGUCGCUGUCAAACCUUGUUGUUUAUAUAAUUUCAAAAUAGAAAAUUCUAAAUUAUUAUAAGUUAGGAUUGUUGUUUAUAUUGUAACUUGUGUUAGGUGGUAGUUUAAUACAUAGUCGUCGCUAUGGGCACAGUACAUGCUAAGGCUCAGCACAGCAGCAGCGAGGUGGGCGGCGGCGCGGGGGGCGGGGGGCUGUUCGAGUUCGACGAGCCGAUCGAGUUGGAUGACGAUGCACUGCCCAAACCCACCAUCAAGCUCAAUGGAGUGCGGGCGCGCGUGGACCGCGUGCACGUGGACGGCCUGAACCGCACGAAGGACGACAUCAUCCGCAGCACCGUGGACGACCUGUUCCUCGCCACGGACUUCGAGGACGUCAUCCUGAGGGCGCACAAGGUCCGCCGCGCUCUGGACGCGAUGGGCUGCUUCCGCGACAUCGGCGUCUUCAUAGACGUGUCCUCCGGGCCCGGCGCCACGCCAGAGGGACUCGAGGUCACGUUCCAGGUGCGUGAGUUGUCGCGCAUCGUGGGCGGAGUCAACACCACUGUCAGUGAGAACGAGGGCAACCUCGUGCUGGGCGUGAAGCUGCCGAACGUGUUGGGUCGCGGCGAGCGCGUGGCCGCGGAGUACAGCAUGGGCCACCGCUCGUCGUCCAACUUCAGCGUGUGCGGGACCAAGCCCUUCCCGCACAAGCCGCUAGUCCCGGUCCUGGCGGCCUCGCUGUACCAGCAGAACCACGAGUACCCCUGGUCCGGCUACCGGCUGCUGGACCGCGGCCUGCUGCUGGACCUGGCCUUCAACACGUCGCCGCACACCAAGCACAACCUGCAGUGGGAGGGGAUGGUGCGCGAGACCUCCGUGCUCAGCAAGACCACCAGCUUCGAGGUUCGCGAGAGUAGCGGUCCGCAGAUGAAGUCGAUCCUGCGGCACAUCGUGUGCGUGGACCACCGCGACGAGCCCAUCUUCCCGACGCGCGGCUCGUGGCUGCAGUUCAGCAGCGAGGUGGCCGGCCUGGGCGGCGGCGUGGCCAACCUCAAGACCGAGCUGCAGGCGCAGUCCAACCACACGCUGGUGGAGGACGUGGUCCUGCAGCUGACGGGCGCGCUGGGCGUGCUGCACGACGUGUUCGGCAGCGAGCUGCCGGACCAGCUGUUCCUGGGCGGGCCCACGUCACUGCGCGGGUUCCAGCAGCGCGGCGUGGGCCCGCACAGCGACGGGCAGGCCACGGGCGGGCGCGCGUACUGGGCGGGCGGGCUGCACGUGUUCGCGCCGCUGCCGUUCCAGGGCGCGCGCGCGGGGCUGGGCGCGCUGUUCCGCUCGCACGCGUUCGUGACGGCGGGCAGCCUGGCGGGGGGCGCGGGGGCGGGGCUGGCGGGGCUGGGCGCGGCGCGCGUGUCGUGCGGGGCGGGCGUGUGCGUGCGGCUGGGCCGCGCGGCGCGGCUGGAGCUCAACUACGCGCUGCCGCUGCGCACGCAGCCGCACGACCAGCACGCCGCCGGCCUGCAGUUCGGCGUCGGGGCCAACUUCCUCUAGUGAGCAGUCGCCGGCUGGCGUCGGACGAGCUGAUUGUAAAUAUGUUCCCGAGCGUAGGGCAUCGUGCAACACGAGUAUUUAUUGUUAAUAGAUGGAGUUGCCGCAGGGCGAAAUAAAUUGUUUAGUUUCUUAGUUG